UUUGAAGGUGAGAUCAAAAGCUGGCAAAAAGAAUAGGAAAAAGCUUGAGUACAAUCAUUGUUCAGGAUCUCGGUCAUUUGUUGCAACAAUGACUAUACAGCCGGAGUUUAAUGGUUCUGAAAAUCUUAAAUUUCCAGAAUUCUAUAAGAAAACUCAUACCAAGAAGAACAAAGAGUGGAUUGAUCCUAUUUGCGCCGUGAAACAUUCAAAGAUGUUGAGCUUGCGAGAAGAAUCUUCCCAAUCCGGUGUGCAAUUAACAUCAGAGGAGAUGUCUAGGCAGGCACUUGGAAAAAGGAAGAGAUACAUUCUUGGAUUUGGGGAUGGGCCGAAGCCCUCUUCAUCUUCUUCCACACCUAGUCGUGUGUCACAAGACCAUGUUGGGGAGUUACAGAAACUUAAAGCUGAGAUGGAGGAGAUGAAGAUGGAGCGUGAGAUGGAGCGUGAGGAGCUGCGGAGGCAAUUGGAACAGGAGAGGAGAGAGCGAGAGGAAGAACAGAAGCAAAUUGCACAUCUUACAAGUUUGGUGACAGAGUUCUUAAAGGAAAAGACUCAAACGCAUAAGUCGUCUAUCUAUCAUGAUGGGGCCAUGUAUUCAACUGGUGGCACAAAUACUCGUUGGUAUGUAUUCUCAUUUAUAUUACGUAGGUUAUUUAGAGAUUUGGACCAAGUUAAGCGAAAUAUCAUUGUGAACUUAUACUUGAAUUUUAGUUUAUUAUUUUUCACAUGUGGUUAUUGAUUGUGUAUUCUUUUUUGCUUUCUCAGAUACAUG